UAACUUUUUGCGCUCUUUAUGAAAUCAUCCAAUGAUAACUGUGGCCCCAACUGUGACUCGAAGCGCUCGGUAUUAACGGCGGCGAAAUUGCACGUUGAAGCAAGCUACGAGUGUAUUGCUCUGUGUUUGCGUUUGGAGUUGUGAAUUACGAUUGUUAAAUUGUCAUAAUGGGUAAAGGUGAUAAUAAACCACGCGGACGUAUGUCUGCUUAUGCAUUCUUUGUGCAAACUUGUCGUGCAGAACACAAGAAGAAGCACCCUGAAGAAUCUGUGGUCUUUGCUGAAUUUUCGAAGAGAUGUGCUGAUCGAUGGAAGACUAUGUCUGAGAAGGAAAAGCAAAGAUUUCACCAGAUGGCUGAGAAGGAUAAAGCUAGAUAUGAAUCUGAAAUGGCCAACUACAAACCUGUGAAAGGAGAAAAGGCUUCUAAGAAGAGGAAAAGGACUAAGGACCCCAAUGCACCCAAGAGAUCUUUGUCUGCAUUUUUCUGGUUCUCAAAUGAUGAGCGCCCCAAAGUGAAAGAAUCCAUGCCUGAUGCUACAGUUGGUGAUGUUGCUAAAGAGCUUGGUCGUCGUUGGAAUAGUGUUUCAGCUGAUACGAAAGCUAAAUAUGAUGCCCUUGCUGCUAAAGACAAAGCUCGAUAUCUAAAGGAAGUGAAGGCUUACAAGGGUAAGAAAACGAAGGGUGCUCCUGCCAAGGGUAACAAAAAGAAGGAUAGUGAUGAAUCUGGUGAAGAGGAGGAGGAGGAAGAAGAACAAGAGGAAGCAGAAGGUGAAGAAGAGGAAGAGGAGGAGGAAGAUGAUGAUGACGAGUGAUUAACACACAUUACCUCAUAACGUCAUUUGUAGAGCAGGACUCUUGUUUCCUGUCUUAGUAACUUGUUAAUAGCAUUUCAUUGUAGGGAUAUAUGGAAUAGGUGUGUUAUAUGUGCAUCAAAUGUCUUAUUUCAGAAAGGUAAAGAAUUUGUCAUUCAUCAUUUUACAUCAUUCAAUUGGAUAUUUUUGAACACAUUUUUAUAUUUGCCUAAUUAAAUUUUAAACAACUUUGCCUUUCUGAUCUGAGGCUGCAUUCAUCUCAUUACUGCAUUUUCAUUUCACACUGAUGUACUUAUAUAUUAACUCCAUGCUCUGUAAUGAUUAUAAAUUUCAGCAUUACUUAUGUGAUCCAUCCACUCAGCAGUAUGCAACAGUGGUACAUCUGUAAAUAAUUUUCACUUUUAAGAAAUCUAAAUUAAAUUUUUUGCCUUAGUUGUUAAUGCGACUAGUUUAUACAAUUCCCCAUUCUUUAGGCCAUAAUGUUAUAUUUUCACAUGGUAGAAAAUGCUACCUCUAAAUGCUGUUUUUAUUUUAUUCUGGACUAUAAUUUGUUAGAAAUGUAAUUAAACUUUCUCCUACAUGUAUAUAUCAUGUGAAAAUGUAAUAAUAAUCAAUUGGCCAAUUCUGCACUCGACAGCAGUAAAAUUUUGAAAUGUGUGAAAUCUGUUCCACUUCUCCAUGUUUCAUUUCAUAGUGUAACAUUAUAUUUACAAAAAUGUUUAAUUUGUUUGGACAAUACGAUAUAUACCUUGAUUUCAAUAACUGUAAAUUUUAAAAUUGUUUAGUUUGCAGAGAACAUUUUAAUGUGUUAUAAGACUUUGUAACAAUUAAAACCCAUCACGUUGUCA